GUCUGAGACCCUGAGGCCGCUGCAGCACCUGAGGAGGAAGUAUCUUUUCCUGCUCCCUGAAACAGAAACCGAUGGGACAAUGUGGAAAGAUGUAUUCAGAGUCCUCCUCCUCUCUCCCUACAUAUGCUAUGCAGCGGGGCAACAAGUGUUUUGCGUUCACCCCCUGGGGGAAACUGGUAGGAAGAAGAAGAGGAGGAAGAGGAGGAGGGUAUGUUGCUCAAACAGACCAGCAGGAGAUGAAAUCGGACUCAACCAACAGAGAGGAGCAGCAGAAGACAUCCGAGCUUCGAUGAUAAAAACAGAGAGGCAGAACGGGGAAGACGCUGAAGAGUUUUGACCUUUAAUCAUAGGAGCCGAGUUCUUCAUUCAGGUGCGGCAGCAAAUCUCUCAUCAUCAGAUCAGAUCCAGAGGCUGGAGAAGAGGAAGCAAAGUGGGGACACACAGCCCAGCGUGGACAGCAGCACUAUGGGAAUGAAAGACAACGACCGUGGUCUGUGGAGAGAUGGUGAUGAUUCUAAAACAGAUCUCCACACUGAAGGAAAGACCAGAUGCUUCAACCAGGGCACACACCAGACCUCCCCAGAAGCGUGUUCAAUGCAGCCUGAGGACGACUCGCUCCGCCUCAAAUCUGCUUCUCUUGGUGAAAGCGCUGUCACUGCUGAUGAUGACGGAGUAAAGAGGAGUCACAAGGGAGAGAGCUGCGAGAACGACGAGGAGGGCCACCUGGUCUAUCACAUCGGCCUUGUGAUGAAUGAAAGAUAUGAGGUGGUCUCUACGCUGGGGGCAGGAGCCUUUGGGAAAGUAGUGGAGUGUAUUGAUAGACACAGAGACGAGCACGUGGCCGUGAAGAUCGUGAGGAACAUCGACUGUUUCCGUGAAGUGGCGAAAUCUGAGAUCGCAGUGCUGGAGGAGAUCAACAGCCUGGAUGAUGACAACAGAUUUGCCUGCGUGAGGAUGCUGGACUGGUUCGAGCACGAAGGUCACAUCUGCAUCGUGUUCGAGCUGCUCGGCCUCAGCACCUUCGAGUUCCUGCGGAGGAACCAGUUCCUGCCGUUCAGCGUGGAGCAGAUCAGGCACAUGGCCUUCCAGAUCUUCAGAGCCAUCUGCUUCCUGCAUCGUAACAAACUGACGCACACGGACCUGAAGCCAGAAAACAUCCUGUUUGUGUCCUCGGAGUAUGAUGACAAGAUGGAGAGGAAACUGAGGAGUCUGGAUGUGAAGGUGGUGGAUUUCGGCACUGCCACAUUCGACCAUGAACACCACGAAUCCCUGGUGUCGACCCGCCACUACCGAGCUCCAGAAGUCAUACUGGAUCUGGGCUGGAACCAGUCCUGUGAUGUUUGGAGUUUGGGCUGUGUUCUCAUGGAGUUUUACCUGGGACAUACACUCUUCCCGACCCAUGACAGUAAAGAACAUCUGGCCAUGAUGGAGAAAGUCCUCGGACCGAUUCCCGUCCACCUGCUGAAACAGACCAGAAAGCAGCAUUACGUUCACAAUGAGCAUCUGAACUGGGACAGGCAGAGCUCCUCUGACAAUUACAUCAGGAAACACUGUAAACCUCUAAAGAAGUACAUGCAGAGGAAGAGUGAGGAGGAGCGGCAGCUGUUCGACCUGCUCAGCUGCAUGUUGGAGUACGACGUCUCCCGGCGGAUCACCCUGGAGGAGGCGCUGUGGCACCCGUUCUUCAGCCCGAUGAGGCCGCAAAAGCAUCAGCGUAGUUAGCACAAACACACACAAAAACAUCCUGUAUAUAUAUUUAUAUAUUCAGCAUCUACCUCAGGCUGUAUUUUUCAGCAUUGCGAUUGCUAAACUCUUUGGGUUUAUCGUUCUGAAUUGAUGAUUUGGAAGAUUUUCAUUGACAUUUACAGUCAUAAUAUCAGUUGUGGUGAGCAUUCCUGUUUAUUUAAGACACAUUUACAGUCUGCAUGUCGUUGUAAAAAGUCCAUUUUAAUGCAGAGCAAUUCCAUGUUUUCCAUCAUCGAUUCUUGAGUCAUUUGUGUUAGCGAUUUGUUAAUAGAUAUUUUGCAUUUU